UUAAUCCCAAUCUAGAAAUCUACAAUGGGUAAGGAAAAGGUUCACAUCAACAUUGUGGUCAUUGGCCACGUCGACUCUGGAAAGUCGACCACCACCGGUCAUUUGAUCUACAAGCUUGGAGGAAUUGACAAGCGUGUGAUCGAGAGGUUCGAGAAGGAAGCUGCUGAGAUGAACAAGAGGUCAUUCAAGUACGCCUGGGUGCUUGACAAACUGAAGGCCGAGCGUGAACGUGGUAUCACCAUCGACAUUGCCUUGUGGAAGUUCGAAACCACUAAAUACUACUGCACUGUGAUUGAUGCUCCUGGCCAUCGUGACUUCAUCAAGAACAUGAUCACAGGUACCUCACAGGCUGACUGUGCCGUCCUUAUCAUCGAUUCCACCACUGGUGGUUUUGAAGCUGGUAUCUCCAAGGACGGUCAGACCCGUGAGCAUGCCUUGCUUGCUUUCACCCUUGGUGUCAGGCAGAUGAUCUGUUGCUGUAAUAAGAUGGAUGCUACCACGCCGAAAUACUCGAAGGCGAGGUACGAUGAAAUUGUGAAGGAAGUGUCUUCCUACCUGAAGAAGGUUGGUUACAACCCUGACAAAAUCCCCUUCGUUCCCAUCUCUGGAUUUGAGGGAGACAACAUGAUUGAGAGAUCCACCAACCUCGACUGGUACAAGGGUCCGACUCUCCUUGAUGCUCUUGACUUGAUCUCUGAGCCCAAGAGGCCCUCAGACAAGCCCCUCCGUCUCCCACUUCAGGAUGUCUACAAGAUCGGUGGUAUUGGUACUGUGCCCGUCGGUCGUGUGGAGACUGGAGUAAUCAAGCCCGGUAUGGUUGUGACCUUCGGUCCCACUGGACUGACUACUGAAGUCAAGUCUGUUGAGAUGCACCACGAGGCUCUUCUGGAAGCUCUCCCUGGUGACAACGUUGGUUUCAAUGUUAAGAAUGUUGCAGUGAAAGAUCUCAAGCGUGGUUUUGUUGCUUCGGACUCUAAGAACGACCCAGCCAGGGAGGCAGCCAACUUCACCGCACAGGUCAUCAUCAUGAACCACCCAGGCCAGAUUGGAAAUGGAUAUGCCCCUGUUCUUGAUUGCCACACCUCUCACAUUGCUGUCAAGUUUGCUGAGAUCCUCACCAAGAUUGACAGGCGAUCUGGUAAGGAGAUUGAGAAGGAACCCAAGUUCCUGAAGAACGGUGACGCCGGUUUCGUGAAGAUGAUUGCUACCAAGCCUAUGGUCGUGGAAACCUUCUCUGAGUACCCACCACUUGGGCGUUUUGCUGUGAGGGACAUGCGUCAAACCGUUGCUGUUGGUGUGAUCAAGAGCGUGGAGAAGAAGGAUCCCAGUGGUGCAAAGGUCACCAAGUCAGCUGCCAAGAAGAAGUGAACCGUGCGGUCUGAGCUUAGGCUACCUCUGGUGGUUGCCCAAGCUGAAAUUAAUAUUUACAGUUUUAAAGACUUGGUAUUAUUUAGUAAUGUUGUCUUCCGUUGUAUGUUCUGUCAGUCUUUUGGUUACAAUGUCUUGCCUACUCCUUCGAGUACCUAUUCCCAGAAUUGGGUUCUUGACAGGCGGUGGCGGGAGAUUGUUUUUGGGUUUUGAUUGUGUUGAGCUUUUAAAUCUCCCUUUCAGUUUUUUUUCUUUCUGAAUUAUGUGAAACUAUUCCCUAUCAGGAGUUUUAUUAUGUUUUGUUCUCCUGUUCUCUUUA